AUGAAUGCACAUUUAAAGGAAGCUUUUGCUCGAUUGAAACCAAUUUGCGACAUGGUGAUGGUGAGCCCCUCUCGUGAACAUAUAUCACCAUUUAUAGGCGUCGUCUGUGCAUUAAAUAAAGAAAUAAUUCAAGAGCUACAGCAAUAUAUGCUUUUCCCAUUCAUAACGCACUUACAGUCUAAGGAAAUAGAAACAAAAUAUGAACUUCAGGAAUACUUAAUAUUUGGAAUGAAAGAAGUCCUUAAAAAGAUCAGGGUGAAUAGUUUUGAAAUGUGUAUGAAAAUUGAAAUGGGUCUAUUGAGUCUAGUUUUUGAAAAACCUAAACCUGGAAUGAUUGCGGAUGUACCAGAGGAGUUAAAACUAAGUGUAAUGCAGUGUCUCACUGUACUUAUGUUAAACAUAGAUCAGCCAACGAGAAUCAAAAUGGUUGAAAACCAGGUGCCAUUGCUUGCUCAGGCUGUUUUUGUGUCUGUGCAUUUGGCAAAAUUGGAAAAACAUAGGGGUUUAAGGUUGGCAGCUAUUAACUGUCUGUGCGCACACACAGCCUCACACCCCCAGCUGACUGACAAGCGCUGUCACAUAACAGACCCAGUGCUGGAGACAGCGGUGGUCAAUAUGAUGUCAUGUAUACUGCCUGGAGUGUUGGCAGCCUUGCAGGAUGUGGCUACUUGUUCUAAUAACCCGGGACAUGCUGUUGUUGUGGCGGCAAUAAACGCGAUACAUCGCGUGCUCUGCCUCACAAUGCACAACAAGCACCUAAACAAAAAAGACGCCAUUACAGCGGACGACUUUGUCAAUCUAUUGGCGGAACGCGCCAAGGCGGACAAAGAUGUAAGCACAAAGGACAAUUUACGCGACGCAAGACUUAGUGCUAUAAUCGCUACACGCGAUUACCAUUCUUUAGCGGAAUUUAUAAGAUCUGGAAAAGAUCAAGAGACAGAAGUUUCAUCAAAAAGGGACAGAGGCAAAGCGAAAACAAAAACUAAACGUCGCAAUACUAGCCCCAAAGAAGGGAGUCAAACGGAUAAAGUGGAUGAAAGGCCUUCACCAACUGCGUCUAAGACAGGUAAAAACCCCAAAGAUAUACCAAAACGUACACCAGAAUGGUACGCGAUGGCGGGCGACAAGCUAGCCGUGGUGGUGAAGAGCUUGGUGCCGCUCGUGACCCACGAACAUUACAGGGUUAGGAAAGAGCUCGCCGUGCUCUGCUACAGGAUCGUCUCCGAAUGUAGUUUAACAAUGCAACCGUCCCUCACAAUGGCCCUGGACGUGCUAAUAUCGUUAUCCAAUGACAACUACAAAGAGGUCGCGGAGUAUUGCUCUAAGUCCAUCAACUCGUACUUCCUUUCUUCCACAAAGGAGAAGCGACUCGAGGCGGUAGACAGUUUGUGUGAGAACUUCUUCACAACACUCAACUGUUUGCCGAGGAUUUUGAAUAAUAUUGACGCGAAUCGCAAAUACUCAGCCCUGAACCUACUGCACGGCUACCUGUGCAUCCUGUGCGACGGCGCGCGCCCGCAGCGCCUCACCGCCGCGCUCUCGCCCAGCGACGCCUUCCCGCGCCUCUGCGACGCGCUGCUGGCCGCCGCCGCGCUGCGCGCCGACCUCGCGCUGCUCACGCGCCACGCCGCCCGAGAUGUAACAUCGCCGCCUCCGACGGACGCGCCGUGGCGGCAGCUCAGACAUCUGGAUACGAAGAACUGUGAGAUCCGGUUCCAGCAGAUAUGCCAGAAGUUCGGUGAAGCGGAAAGCGCGGAGCUGUUCCUAGACCGUUUGCUAGAACUGUUCCAAGAAAGAAGGAGCUGUGAACUCGUUUAUAUUAUGAAUUUUAUGGGCUCGGCGCCCAAUUCCAGUCCAGAGCUAGCGAAAAGGUUGAUAGCAACGUACACAGAGGCAGAAGUGUGGCACCGGCCGCUGGAGCUGCGCGCGCCCGAGGCGCCGCCGCGCGCCGACACGCUGGACGAGGGCGUGUACAACCCGCGCGCGUGGCGCAGGGACAGUGUGCCUGGUCUAUACGAGGGUACAGUAGAAACCCGCUACACAGACAUAAGUUACGCCCACCCGAGAAUCGAACAUGUGGACCAUAACACUUGUGCGACGCUCGUCGAAGCACAGCGCAACAUGGCCUUCUGCUGCUUAGUCACCGAGGGCUUGGGCAUGAUGGCGCGACGUCUCAAGGAGAGCUAUCAGCCAUAUUUGCUGAAAACCCUGUGCCUGAUAUUGGAAAGGGUUGGCAGUAAAUAUGAAAACCUGCACCUGGCCGGCCUGAGGGCCAUAAACGAUGUGGCGGCUGCUUUCGGCCACCCCUCUGUGACGGACCUGAUCGCCGAGAAUGCUGAUUACUUCACUAGUCAAGUCACUUCCAGAUUAAAAAAGGCAUGGGACGUGCAGUCCGCGCUGCAGAUCCUGGCCGUGGUGAUGGAGUACAGCGACGUCGGCAUCCUCGACUACCUCUACGGCAUCGUGGAAGAUGUUCUAGUACAAAGCUGCGACAAAUACUACCAAAACGAUCUGUACGCGUAUCUCCAAGUGUUCCUAACUUUCGUCAAUUGCAUUCGCAAAUGGUUUCUCACAGAGCCAAAACCCAACGUACAAACUCAAAACGAAAUAGACAUAUUGAAAGAUGUAAUAGAAUACGAGAAAAAUAAAGAUAAAAUGGAGAGAUUACUAAGUGAGGGAGAUUUUGAGAGAGAGUGCGGUAAGAGUGUGGAAGAGAUGUACAAGGAAGAUCUGAAGAGACGGGAAGAGGAUCUGUUGGACUACGACGAUACUGUUGCGCCCGAAGCUCCUCCCGUGCCUCGGCAUGUUACAGUAACGCUGACGAUACUAAAGCGUUGUGUACAUUUUAUCCCCUUGCAACGAGACGAAUCCAUUCUGGCGCUGGAAAUCCUGACCCUGGGCCUGCCCAUCAUCAAGGACUAUGAAGAUGAACUGCUUCCACUAGUCCAUGUUAUAUGGGCUCCCCUCGUGGGAAGGUUUGAAAGUGAACCCCCCGUACUGAGGAAGGCGUUCGACCUGUUCGUCGUUCUAGCGGAUGUGUCCAAAGACUUUAUAAGGAGUCGCGCUGUCAAGGAGGUGCUCCCGGUGGUGUACGCGUACCUGUCGCGCGCGGCGGCGCACAGCCGGCUGCAGGACGCGGGCGCCGCCUACCGCCGCCGCGCCGCCUUCGCGCUGCAGGCCGCGGCGCUGGCCGCGCUGCCGCGCCUGGCCGCCGCGCUGCGCCUGCGCGCCGCGCGCCUGGCCGCCGCCGCCGCCGCCGCCAGCCCCUACCUGCACCGCUGCCAGCCCAAGCCGCUGCAGAUGCUGGCAGUGAAGUUCUUCAAAGACAUGCUGGACUACUCGUACGGGUGUACGUGGCAGCACCUGCGCCGGCUGUGCGCCAACGCCGCCACGCUGUGCCCGCCCGCCGCGCCGCUGCGCCUGCACGCCGUCGCCGGCACGCCAUACGAGACCACCGACGGAGACUACGACGCCAACAUCAAACUUAUAUUCUAUGUACAUAAA